GACCCUUCGAGCCAUGACCCGGGAGAACGGCUGAACAUGUUGAUAGGACUCGGAUAAUGUUAAAGGCAUGAGACAGGUACGAUAAAUAGCUCAAACGUUAUGAGAUAAUCAAAAUCAGGAAAAAAACGUUUUUCUUACAUGUCCGCCAAAUCAUUGGAUACUGCCUCUUUAAGAUGUCAAUCAGACUGUUGUUUACAGUGGCGUGAGGAGGACUGAUGCAUGUGCAGAAUAUUUGUAGAGAGUCGCUGACGGGGACAGUGGAGAGUAGAUUCAACUGCACCAUGCGCUCUAUGGCAAGACAACCGGAGUAGAAUACACCUGAAUAAGAGACGAGGACCUCUGUCGUUUUACACCGAAUUGCUAUAAACCGAGAGGAGUCAGUAGUACCCUGCAGAGAGGAGUCAGUAGUACCCUGCAGUGCUGAACUGAGCCGAACCGAGCCAAGCGGAUCUGAACAGAAGUCCUCAUUGCAUUUCUUAGCAUCGCGUCUCAGAUGGAACUGAAGGUGUGGGUGGACGGUGUGGUGCGCGUGGUCUGUGGCCUAUCAGAGGAGACUUCCUGCCAGGAUGUGGUCAUCGCACUGGCUCAGGCCAUUGGUCAGACGGGUCGCUACGUGCUGAUCCAGAGACUGAGAGAUUCAGAGAGGCAGCUGUUAGCCAACGAAAGGCCCCUGGAGUCCCUGGCCAAGUUGGGACAGCACGGCAACGACGUCCAGUUCUUUCUGCGCCGCACCGGCCCCAGCAGCAGCGAUGGACCAGGGUCUGGCUCUGGCUCCACCCAGGACCGUGUCGCCCCUCUUUCCCUGCCCAAACACCCCGAACCAGAGCCCCUCAAACGCACCCAGCCCAAGAAGUCCCUCACCUUUAACCUGGGGCCCUCCAACUCCCCCAGAACCAAAGCCAAGCAGCUCAUUAGGAAGUCUCCCUGCGACUCCCCCAAAGAGAGGUCCUCACCCAGCCCCAUUCCUCCUCACCAUGCUACCUCCCCCUCCCCACACUCCCACUCCCCCUCUCCCUCCCCUCUCGUGGGCCCGUCCAAAGAGGAGGUUUUCCGGCAGAUUCUUCAGCAGCAGGAGAAGCUGAGGGCCUUUGAGGCCCAGCUGGAGGCCAUGGAGAGAGACUCUCGGUCCAGGAACAGGGCCUCCCCGGCCUCCUCUCCUUCCCCUGUCCCAGAGGCUCGCCUCCAGGAGGAGAUGGAGGCUCUGGAGCAGGCAGCCAGGAGGAACCAGGCCGAGCUGGCCCACGAGACAUUCUGGGAGGAAGAGCUGCAGGCAGAGGUGGAGAGGGAGAGGGAGAUGAGGAGGAGGCUGGGGGAACUCCAUGCCAAGAUGGACGACUGCGGCCGGCGACUCCACGACUUCUCGUCUCGCUCCGCCCAGCUGGAGCAGGCCAUCAAACGGGAGAACCUUGGGGGUGGUGCCCAUGUUGGGAGGGCCAAUCAGGCGGGGGGUGAGGAGUCGCUAGGGGCGAUGAGGGCGGAGCUACAGAGCCAGGGGAGGCACAGCGAGGAGCUGGAGGGGGAGUUAUCGGAGACGGACAGGGCUCUGGGGAAGGCUGAGUCACUGCUGCAGGAGAAGCAGGAGGAGUUGGAGGAGCUGAACAAGGAGUUGAGGCAGUGUAACUUGCAGCAGUUCAUCCAGCAGGCGGGAGUCCUGCCAACACACACACAUUCACGCACAGACCUCAGCGACCAGCUGGACCAGCUAGAACUGGCUCAUAUGCUACAGGAAAGAUACAGAAAUGGAGGCCUGGGCCUGCUCCCCUCAGAGUCACCACCCCGGCCCACAGCCAAGCAGUUCCUGGGACACCCCCGCAACCUGCAGAACCCGCUGGUGUCCAGCCUCCACCCAGAGGUCGUGACAUCCAGAGAGUCGUCAUGGAGAUAAAACAAGGAACGGCAGGGCCAAGGAGUUGUUCACUGUUUACUUAAUGUCACCAACACAUUCUAUUUAACCCCUGUCUGUCUUUAUACCUACUGUCUGUUAUUAUUAUUAUCAUCCAGAUUACCACAUAUACUAUAUACAUACUGUGUAUAUACUAGCACAUAAAUAUAUUUAUAGCAUUUUGCUACUGUACACUGCAAAGUACCUAUGUAUGAAAUGUAAAAUGAUUUAGGAAAACCUUUACCUGGAGAAUUAUUACUUUGUUUGUGUAUUUAAAUAUAAUAAAAUAUUGUGCACUGUGUGUUAGAUAAA